AUGUAAAAAGAAGAAAUAUCAUUUAAAAUUCUUCAUUUUAACGACGUAUAUGAAAUAGAGGGUUUUAAUUAAGAACCAGUAGGUGGCUCUGCCCGUUUUGCAACUAUAUGUAAAAAAUUCAAAUAGGAAAAUCCAAAUAAAAGUCUUAUAAUAUUUUCCGGUGACUUAUUUUCUCCAUCUCCUCUUUCAAUUAUUUAUAAAGGUGAAUAAAUGAUUGAACCUAUAAAUGCUUGUUAAAUCGAUAUUGCUUGUGUUGGCAAUCAUGAUUUUGAUUAUAAUUUACAAUAAGUAGAAUAAUUGUUUAAAAAAUGUAAUUUCCCAUGGUUAUGCAGUAAUAUAUAUGAUACUAGGACUCAGAAUAUACUCGCAGAUAACCAAUUAUAUUCUAUAAUUGAUAUGUAAGGAAUUAAAGUAGGGUUUAUGGGUCUUGCAGAGGAAGAAUGGUUAAAUACAAUAACUGAAAUAGACAUUAGUAUACUAUAAUAUGAAGAUUUUGUAUCUUGUGGGAAAAAAAUGGCCCAUAUGUUGAAGAAAGAGUAAUAAUGUGACAUAGUAGUGGCUAUAACACACAUGAGAAUGCCUAAUGAUCGUAUAUUAGCAGCUUAAGUAGAUGAUAUAGACAUCAUUUUAGGUGGACAUGACCAUAUAGUAAUUUCAGAAAUAAUAAAUAAUUGCUUAAUAUAAAAAAGCGGUUCUGAUUUUAAAGAAUAUAGUAUAAUAGAUAUUACCUAUAAACCAAAAGAUAUUUAAAAUAAUAAUAUAUAAAAUACAUUUUAUCUGAAAUAAAAUAAACUAAAAUGCGUUAUAGAGACUUUUUAAGUCACAAAAAAAAUUGAAAAAGACGAUGAAGUUCAGAAAAUAGUUGAUUUCUAUAUAUAAUAAUAAGAAUAAUACAAUAACUAAAUAAUAGGACAUACAAAUGUAGAUUUAGAUACCAGAUUUAAAUAAAUAAGGACUCAGGAGACUAAUUUUGGUAAUUUCUAUGUAGAUGUAUUAAGAAAUGAAGUUUAAUCUGAUGUCUGUAUCAUUAAUUCAGGGACUAUUAGAUCAGAUUGUAUUUAUCCGAAAGGAGACAUUACUUUUUCGAUGAUUUAAAAAGCUUUACCCUUUCCAGACUUGAUUGUAGUGGUUAAAUGUAGCGGUUUAAAACUAAUUUAGGCUUUAGAAAAUGGAGUUUCUAAAUGGCCUAGUUUCGAAGGAAGGUUCCCUUUAGUUUCAGGAAUUAAAUUUGAGUUUGAUGGGUAAAAAUAGCCUUUUUAGAGGGUUGAUUUAGAUAGUAUUUUUAUUGGAAAAGAGAAAAUUUAAGUUGAUAAAAUUUAUAGUUUAGCAAUUAAAUGGUUCAUGUAUUUAGGAAAAGAUGGGUAUGAUAUGUUUUAGGAUUGUAAUUUUAUUAUUGAUUAUAUGAAUGCACUUCCUCAUUUAUAAAUUAUGAUUGGGCUUUUUAAAAGUCUAGAAGAAAAAAGCAAGACUACUAAUAUUUCGAGUUUUACUGAAUUUUCUUAACUAAAUUUUAAUGAAAAUCGGAAAUAUAAUAGAUUAAUGAGAUUAGUUAAGGAAAUUAAAAAUUUUGAAGAUAAUAAAUAUAUUUCGAUACAUCCGGUUGUUGAAGGAAGAAUUUUGAUGGUAAAUAAAAAUAAUUGA